AUGUCUUCCAAGCCGAGAAUUCGAGCUGGCGUCAUGCCAUCGACUGCAUCUCGGGUCCGCGGGACCCCUGUGCCCAAACUACCAGAGCUCAUAGAUGAGGAAGACGAUUGGAGUGGAAUUACUGAUGCGGUGUCACGCAGACGGAUACAAAAUAGGCUUAAUGUCAGAGCAUACCGACGGCGAAAGGCCCUUGAGUUGAAGAGCAAGGCCACACGUGCUAUUAAGACCGAGUCCGAGAUACCAUGUUGGGUUGAAGCUCAACAAGCCAUACGUCUGGUACCAGCAACAACGGCGGCCAAAAGCAAUAAUCUUCAGGCACCUCUAAUACCCCGAAUUCCUUCCUCUCAAGACUCCAUCAUUCCAGCCAGAUCACCCAAGCCUCGGAUCACGUUCCCCCUUUCCUCCGAUCACCUAAUCGUUCUGCUCCAAUUCAACGUCCUACGUGCAUCUCUCGCUAAUCGAGAGCUGGUAUCACAACUUGGGAGUGCUCCUACUGCCGAAUGCUCCUCCGCAGCAGAACACGUUCUCCCAUAUCCUACAGAUCCAGGCAUCGCCCCCCCGUCCCUUUUACCCACAACCCUCCAACGCACAAUCCCGCAUGAAGGCUGGGUAGACAUCAUACCGCACCCUGUCUGGCGCGACAACGUCCUGCUAGCGCUUGGUCAGUUUGACGAAGAUGCGCUUUGGUCAGAUAUCAUGGGCGGCCUCUUUGAAGGAUUUCCCGAGUCGGAGAUUGAGCAUCGGGGUGUCAUUGCGUGGUCACCUCCGUGGGAUGCGAGCGGAUGGGAGUUAUCACCAGGGUUUGUGAAGAAAUGGGGCUGGUGUCUUAGAGGGUGUGAAGACAUAUUGGCGAUAACGAAUCAGUGGAGGCUGAAGAGAGGUGAUGAGCCAAUUGUUUACGAGCUGCCGUAG